AUGAAUAACUUUGAGUACAAUGAGUAUGAGAGCUUAGAAUUGAGAGUAGAAUGCCCCUGGUCAGUUGAUGCCCCACAAUUCUGGAGGGUAUUUCAUGUGAUUGAGUGGGUUACGAAGGAUUGGGCUGAGCCUUUUGACUUGUCGGAUCUGGUUCAUGCUUAUAAGCUUCAAGUUACCAAAAAUAACCGAUGCACUGCUACUUUGAAGAGGAGUCAUCCUCCUUUGGUUGAACGGGCUGGUAAAGUGAACGAUCGGGGUUGGAAAUCCCGAUACGUGUUUGUAGAUAAGGAAUCUUUGGGUGAAGAUGCAAAUUGGCUUCGCUAUGGCUGGCGCAACAGAGAGGUGGACGUUGGCGUUGCGACUCCUGGGAGGAAGAGUUUACGCAGAGUAGAGGUUGUUUUGAGCAUUUUGAAGAAAGAUCAAAACUUCGUUCAUCCUAUCGUUGCUGACAAUUCUGGUGUUGAUGCGGAAGAGGAAGAAGAACAAGAAGAUAGUGAUAACGACAUGGCAUUAGGUAGUCAAUCUGAAGUGUCCAAGAAAAGGAAGCAAACCCUUUCUAGUGAUAAGGAUGUCAGAGUUCUUGACACCAAACCGCUUCAGAUUCGAACUUUACCUCGAUCUAAGGAAAUACCUCCUAAGGCACCCAAGGAGCAUGAUUACGCUUUGAAAGUACCGGCUGACUUUCUGUCGGGCGACACCAUGUCUUCUUCUUUGUGGCCUACUGUUGAAAGGCUUCUUUUUCCUGCUGUUGCGAUUGGGCAAAAUGACUCCUCGGGACGAUCGUCAGUGAAGCUGUGUCACUUCAGCUUAAUCUCUUCAGGAUCUUUUGGCGAUACGAAUGGUCUUUGCACGACCAUUACCACUGUUAGGGGCCAGCUUCGUACCGCAGAAGGUGAGGUGGCCAAGCUGAAGAAGGACCUUGAGGAGAGGAGCAAAUAGGUCACUGAGCUGGAGGCUACUGUCGAGGAGGUGCGCGAAGAUGCCACGAACCCUAAGUGCUUGGAUCAGUUAACUGCUCGUGCCAAGCUUCUGAAGCGUUUCCUAGCUGAUCGUUUGACAAAGGAGGACACCAAAGCGGAGCUGGACAUCUACUUUUCCUCUGUUGGUACAGAGGCGGAUCUAGCUUUUGAGGUUGAGGAUACUGGAGAUGAUGGUCGUUCCACUGCUGAGUCGACGGAGGUGGUCACUGGUGGAGCUUCUGGUGUCAAGGAUGCUGAAGCUGUUGUUGGGGAUGGAGUUCCUGUGGAGGACGCCUGACUUCUUCUGUCUUUAUCUUUUGAUGCGUUGACAGAACUUUGUUUUUCUUAAUUUGCUUUGAACAAUUCCUGUUUUUAUGCACUCUUUACUAGUCGUCGUGGGACGACCAGGUUUAUUUCGUACUUUAAGUACUUAGAAUGAUUUCCUGUUUUCAUAGCUAUUGCUAGUUGUCUAUUGCUUGUUGUCAUGGGACAAUCAAUUUUUUGUUAAACUAGUUGUUCCUGCAAAACACUUAUGCUAUGCAUGUAUAUAUAAGAAUGUUUUGUGUUUUAUUGCUUUGAAUA